AAAACUAAGAUGAGAGAGUGGGAGACUUUGCCGAAUGACCACGAAUGACGAGAUAUGGCGACGUGUAGAAUGAAUUGUUUUCGCUUGUCGUUCUACAAAUAGCCGGGUCUCAACCUGUAAACAAUACGAUUGUAAUUAAUAUUUAAAGUCUUUUAAUAAAUAGUUUUUGGCGUUUAAUUGAAUAAACAUGAAUUACAAUUCAAGUGCACGACGAGGAAAACCAAAAAGGUUAUUGGAUCCAUCUGCUGGUUUAUCUGCUCCUACAUCAAUGCCGCAAAGUUCAUACAUGUAUAAUCAACAGGUUCCAAUGAACAAUGGUGGUAUGGUUCCUGAAUAUGGUUUUAAUGUACCAGAGCAACAGCCACUACCAUAUGGUUUUAACACACCACCAGUACAAAAUUCGCCAUACCCUGCUAACGAAGGUCACGGAGAACAAUAUUUAUCACAAGAAUUUGCAACACAAUUAUUGGCACAGCCUGUAGUUACAAACAUGGCUGUACAAUAUGGAAAUGCUUUGGUGGGAUCAGGGAAGCAACAACUUGAAAAAUUUGUGCCAGUUACAGCUCUUAAGUAUUAUUUUGCAGUUGACACAAAUUAUGUUUUCACAAAAUUAGCUCUGCUGUUCUUUCCAUUUACUCAUAAAGACUGGUCAGUGAAGUAUGAACAAGAUGUACCAUUGCAACCACGUUAUGAGAAAAAUGCACCAGACAUGUAUAUUCCAACAAUGGCGUUUUUAACAUACAUAGUUAUGGCUGGAUUAGUUUUAGGAACUCAGGAACGGUUUAGUCAUGAGCAGUUAGGUAUUUUAGCUAGCUCUGCUCUCGCAUGGGGAAUUAUAGAAUUACUGGUGCAUACUGUGACUCUUUACAUAAUGAGUCUUGAAACAAGUCUUUCAACAUUGGAUUUACUGGCUUACUGCGGUUAUAAGUAUGUCGGUAUUAAUGCAGCUCUUGGAGUAUCGUUAUUGUUUCGGAAAUUCGGCUAUUAUUUCAUAUUGCUGUACUUCAGUGCAUCUUUAGCAUUUUUCCUUAUGCGAUCAUUAAAGUUAAGGGUCAUUCCACAGAAUCAUAGCUCGUACACCGCUUCUGGUAAUAAAAGGAGACUCUAUUUUAUACUAUUUGUAGCGGGAAUUCAGCCUAUUUUAAUGUGGUGGUUGUCGUAUCACUUACUUUAAUCAAUGAUCAAUGAAAAGCAAUUGGAAAAAAAUGUUAUAACAGAACGAAUUGUGUAUAUUUAUUUGAUUAUUCAUGUCACUUGGCAUUUUUGUAAUAAAAAAAUACUCCAACA